AUAAUUGACCUUGAUAGCUCUGAAAGCCAAAUGGGGGCAAACUCGCCAAUCGCCUGCUUCGUUGCGGGCACCAAAGGCUACGUCUGGGACGCAGAUGGGGCGAUGCGGCUGCGCAAGCAGCACCGGAUUAUGGGCAACCUCGCGGGCUGUGUUGCACAGUUCAAGAACCAGAACGAGGUGAACUUCCUGCCGCUGGAGUUGAGUGCUGACGAGGUGACGCUGGCGGUGCGGGAAGGCUGGAUUGAGCUUUUUCCAGAGACCUCUGCGCCCGUGCGCGCCGCCGCCGCGGCAGCGUCAGCGGCCGCUGCCGCCGCCGCGGCAGCCGCGGCGCACGCCGCCGGGGCUGGAGCCGGCCCGGGUAGCGGCGGCGGUGGCGGCGGCGGCGGCGCGCUCGGACUCAACCCUGGGGAGGUCGAUUGGGCCGCGGCUUAUGCGGAGUACUAUUCGCAGUGGGACCCGGAGACCGGCUUCCGUGGGCGCUGGCUGCCGUUGCUGGGUCCCAAGCGCCGGCGGCUGAACCCGCACCCACACCAGCACGGUCAGCAGGGGCACCAGCAGCAGCAGGGGCACCAGCAGCAGCAGCAGGGGCAGGGGCAGGGCCUGCAUGGGCAGCAGCAACACGGGCAGCCGCAGCAGCAGGGGAAGCAGCAGCAGGGGAAGCAGGAGGGGAAGCAGGAGAUGGCGGGCGGGGGUUUGGAACCAAUGGAGGUGGAGGCGGGGGUGACGGAGACAGCAGCAGCAGCCGGCGCACGCGCGGCCGCAAACACGUCGCCGCACGCACGCCACGGCCACGGCCACGGCCACAGGCACGGUCAGGGUCAGGGGCAAGGGCACGAGCAGGGACCAAAUGGCGGCGGCGGCGGCGGCGGUGGCAGUGGUGGCAGCGGGGCAGAUGCAUCGGAGGCGGGGUGGCGGGCGGCGCUGGUCGGCGGCGGGACGUACACCGUACCGCUGACGGCGGCAGACGCGGCGGCGGCGCGGACCGGCGGCGGCGGCGGCGGCGGCAGUGCAGGCGGCGGUGCCGGCGGCGCCACGGCUGCUGUGGGUCGCGGCGCGCAUGGCCAGGAGGAGGAGAAAACGGCGGGGCAGGGGCAGGGGCAGGGGCAGGGGCAGCACCACCACCACUCGCGCGGGCAUGGACACGGUCACGGUCACGGGCAGGGGCAGGGGCUGGAGGGGGAGCAGGAGGGGGCGGAGGGCGCGGCUGCAGCAGCUCCCCACGACGGAGGCGUGUCGCGUGUGGGCUGGCGCUACCCGGCCACUGCGCAGGAGGUGUUGCGCCACCGCGUGUUCAGCGACAUGCACCGCCAGGGCUUCACGCUCACGGGCGGCAUCAAGUUCGGAGCCGACAUGAUGGCCUAUCCGGGAGACCCCAGCCUCUACCACGCGCAGUUCACGGUGCGGCCUGUGCCCGAGGCCAGCGCGCUCAACCCCAUGUCGCUCAAGGCGGUGGCUCGCGGCUCUCACGCCGCUCGCAAGCACCUACUGCUCGCGUUCCAGGCGCCCGGGGGGCAGCAGCAGGGGCAGCAGCAGGGGCCGGCGGAGCCACACGCAGAGGCGGGGAACGCGCACAGCCACUCCCACGCGGGCGGGCACGCACCGGCGGCGGCGGCGGCGGCGGCGGGCCGGCCCGCAAUCCACUACCUGUCCUUUGCUCCCGAGUCGGGGUUCGGGUCCAGUGCGUAAUGAUAGCGAGCAAGGCGAAGAAGCUGGUAGGACAGAGAUACUUGGUGAGAGCUGGCGAUUUGGGGUGUCAAAGUUUUUGGACCGGCAAGUGGCAUGUCGGCGAGGGAGGGAGCAAGCGGUGUCGGUGGGGUGUGCCGGCGUGCAUGCACACGUGUGUGUGCACGGUAUGUUAUGUACAUGUGUGGACCGCGUGUUCGGGAAGGUGGGUUUAACACCUAGAGUAUGUUUCGGGUCAAAGCGGUGCUGUAAGGUGAAUGUGGAAGCCAAUGCAUGGUGUGUUUGGGACCUUGCAAGCAGGCCCCGAUUGACACGCGGACAGGUGCACGUGUGUGAAUGCUGGGCCUUGAAGGUGGUGCACAGCUAUGGAGCAUGGAUUGGGCCGAUUGCAACCUACGGCGAAGAAUGGGACGGGGCUUCCGCAGGUUGCUGACGGGCCACGAUUACGGGAACGGGGCAGGUGUCAAGGUGAGCCGUUCUUGAGGGUAAGAUCACAGUCGUGACAUGCAGUGGACUCGAGUAUCACGCGUAAUUCUUUAUACCACACGAAAAUGUCAACAUAUGUCUU